AGGAGAGUGGACGACACGACUUCCCACAACACCACACGGCGCGCACAAUGAUGACGUGGCUCCGUUCUCCUGACGACAACAAAACAUGGAGGAAUAUGCCCGUGAACCUUGUCCCUGGAGAAUAGUGGAUGACUGUGGAGGUGCUUUCACCAUGGGUGCAAUUGGGGGAGGAGUGUUCCAGUCGAUCAAGGGCUUUCGUAAUGCCCCUGCAGGUGUUGGACAGAGACUGAGAGGAAGUGCAAACGCAGUGAGAAUAAGAGCUCCACAGAUUGGAGGUAGCUUUGCUGUGUGGGGAGGGCUCUUCUCCACAAUCGACUGUGGUUUAGUUCGCCUGAGAGGGAAAGAGGAUCCUUGGAACUCUAUAACAAGCGGUGCCAUGACUGGGGCCAUCCUGGCAGCCCGCAGUGGGCCGUUAACUAUGAUGGGCUCUGCCAUGAUGGGGGGAAUAUUGCUCGCUCUCAUUGAGGGUUUUGGGAUCCUUCUAACCAGAUAUACAGCGCAGCAGUUUCAGAACCCUAUUCCCUUUGCAGAGGACCCCAGUCAGUUACCUCCAAAGGAUGGAGGUCAGCAGCAGCAGCAGCAGGGGGCAAAGGGGCAGUUUCAGUAGAGAGCAACAGGGACUGAGACCAGCUGUGGACACAGUGAGUCAGACCAAAGAGUAGUGGGGCGACACCAGACGUUACAGCAGGUAUCAGGAUGACCAGGAUGUGGAGAUACUGGUCUCUAUGGUGGUGUCAAGUAGUUGCACUAUGUUCUUAUACCUCAGGGGCAAAUUACUGUGAGUUUAAGUUAUUUAUGAGUGAAUGUUUGUGACAAACCUCAUCUUUGCACCUCCAGCAUCUCAUGCAAGACUUUCUGUAUUAACGGUUAUUCUGUCUUCACUAUGAUUUGGCUUAAAAUCAAUUUGAUUAUUCAACAUGCGGGCAACAUCUAUACAUUAAAGGAACAGUUUGACAUUUUGGGAAAUCUGCUUAUUUGUUUCGGUGCUGAGAGUUAGAUGGGAACAUCAACCACUCUCUGCUGGAGCUAGCAGUCGCUUAGCUUAGUACAACAACAAGGGGAAACAGCUAGCCUGGCUUUGUCCAAAAGUGUAAAAAAAAAAAAAAAACCGACCAGCACCUCUAAAUCCCACUAAUUAACAUGUUAUAUGUUGUUUGUUUAAUUCGUACAAAAAUCAAAGUGUAAAAAUUAUUUUCUGGGGGUUUAUGUGCCAGAAUGUUUCUUGGAUGGGGCGCAGUGACUUGCUGGAGCCUUGAGUUGACAUCUAUCACAUGUAAUUAUUGCCAAGAAAGCGUAAAUAAGUUUUUCCCAAAACAUUAAACUAUUCAUUUAAGCUUCCAAUGAUCUUACACUUGUAUGCACAGAUUUAGUAAACAGUGAAGUCAGUGUUUUAAUGGCUGCAAGGCAGAAAGGUAGAGUAAUAAGAAAAAUGAGAUGUCAGUGAGGUUUUACCAUAGAAAGUGGUAUUCUGAGAGUAGGGUAGUUUUAAGUCUUUUAUUAUGUGUCAGCUGUGACAACCAAUGCAAAGAACUGUGUGUGUGUGUGUGUGUGUGUUUAAAUGAUGUGUGUGCUUUAAGAUGUGUCCUCAGUCCAAAACCUCAGUCCAUUCUUUGUUUGCAGUUUCUCUCAAUAAGGUCUUGCCUCACCCGGCAGCUUUUGUCAUUUUGAAUCAUUGUUCAAUUGUUAUAAUCUUAAGUAUUAGAAGGAUGAGCACAUAUCGUGGAAAAUAUGGCUUGAAUUACUAAUAGAUGCACCUCUAGUCACUUUGAUCGCUGCAUUAUCCAUCGAGCAACCGAGCACCUUUUUAAACUCCAUCUCUCUGUCUGUUUUCUUAAAAUUGUAGCAUAUGCUACAGGAGAGAGAUGGUGCAGUGUGAUCCAGUGUUUAGCUGUCAAACUAUGUAUAGAAAAAAAUGUUUAUUGUAUGUAUUGUGUUAAUUUAUUUGUUUCGCAAAAGCUGAUAAAAAACAAUAAAGGCAUUAAAUGUU